UGGCCUCAGGCUUCCCAUCAAAAGUAUUAUAAUUUGAUGUGAGCGCCCAUUAAAUUUUAGUCAUUCAGCGAGAGGCUUCGCUGCAACAUCAUGCCUCUCUCACCUAGAUUAAAUUCUUUCAUGUGGUUGCCACUUUCGUGUUUAUUCGUUCUCCUACCAGUGGUAAUAUGCCAAUAUCAAUACUUCCAGUAUAGUCCUGUUUAUUCAGCUCCAUUAGUGUCCACUCGACCGGAUCUUUCUUACGUAUUCAACUAUCCCUACAACGUGUUACGUACUCCCGGAGGGGAACCAUGGUGUCCCGCCGCGUCUGCUAAUCAACCACCUUUGUUUCAAUGCAAACCUGCCAUUCGCUGUUCACCUUGGUUCAUUGAAUUGCUCUACAAUCCUUGGUGGUGUACGGCAGCAGAUGGAAGUUUCGGAGCUUGUUGUCCGGACAUUCUCAAGACAACAUCUUCUGUCGCACGAUUCCCCGAGUCGAGUAAGUUGACAGCUAUGCCCAGAGACAUUACCAAAGACGAGAUGAAUCGUGCUGUUACGGUAGCUCGCCAGCACGUGGAAGAGAUUAGUGCUUUCGAAUGGCAGGCUUGGACUAACAUGCUAGCUCCCUGGCAAAAUUCUGCGGCCUACAGCUACAGUGCUACCACCUAUGCCUCUCUUAUAGGCCAGCAGGAAGGAUGGAAAGGACUUCAAUCGGUGGAAGCGUCAAGAAAGUUGGCCAAUACGUUGAAACUGGAACCUAAAUAUGCCGGGUUCGCACUGCAACACUUGUGUGUUAAGGAGACGGCUCUUUCGUCCAUUUGCCGUGCACAACCUGCUUGCAAUGCAUCUGCUCUUUACAGAACAUACGACGCUUCAUGCAACAAUCUUGCUUACCCCAACUGGGGCAGAUCAAAUUCGCCUUUGGAACGCAUCUUACCUCCCCAAUACGCAGAUGGUAUUUGGGCGCCCCGUGAAUGGCCGGGACUACCUCCAGUUGACACGGUCAGCCGCAUCGUUCAAGACGUCGACUAUCCCGACAAUCAACUGACGAUUACUGUGAUGCACUGGGGCCAACUUGUUGCUCACGAUAUUACUCACGUUCCUACUUACCGUACAUUGAACAAUUCGGCGAUUCAGUGUUGCACGGGUGACGGCAAGUACUUGUCACCUGAGCGAACUCACCCACUUUGCUUCCCUAUCGACGUGGACCACGAUAACGAAUUCUACAGUCAAUUUGGCGUUAGCUGUCACGAUUUCGUCCGUUCUGUCGUCGCCCCUCGGGAAGAUUGCAAAUUCGGUUAUGCCGACCAGCUCAACCAAAAUACGGCCUAUCUCGACGCUUCCGUCAUUUACGGCUCGACUGAAAAAGUUGCCCGAUCUCUGCGGGAGUAUGCGGGUGGACGGAUGCGCGUUACCGUCAUCGGUGGAGACUAUGUUGUUUUACCAGUUGAUCCCGAACGAAAGGACUGUAUUUCCGACGAAUACGGGAGCCAAUGCUUUGUCGCAGGUGAUCAACGAGUUAACCAGUACACUGGCCUGACAGUCUUGCACAUCGUUUGGCUUCGUUUACAUAACAAGUAUGCUAACCAGCUGGCUUUGAUUAACCCCAAAUGGGAUGAUGAACAACUUUACCAGGAAACCAAGAAAAUCGUCUCAGCAUUGGUUCAACAUAUCACCUACAACGAAUAUCUGCCCUCUGUUUUGGGACCCAAUUUAAUGGAAGAAUACGGCCUCCUCCCUCUCUCAACUGGUUACACUUACACAUACGAUCCCGCUGUCAAGGCUCAAAUAACAAAUGAGUUUACUACUGCUGCAUUCCGUUACGGACAUUCUCUCAUUCGCAACUAUAACGAACUAUGGUUAGAUGAUACCUAUUCCCACUACGGCGGCGAAUUGUAUCUGAAAGAUUGGUUUAACAAUCCUAAAGUACUGUUCGAUCCUGUCAUUUUCAACGCGCUUCUCCGACAUUUCAUUACCGGAACUGCCCAGAACUUUGAUGAGAACGUCGCCGAUGCUGUACAUCAUUACCUUUUCAAAUCACCAUAUCAAAGCUGGGGUUUGGAUUUAAUCGGUGCAAACUUGUGGCGUGGAAGGGAUCAUGGAAUUGCCGGUUACAAUUUCUACUUGGAAGCUUGUGGAAGCAAACGAGCUGCUAAUUUUGACGAACUGCUAGCUUUCAUGCGUCCUACGGUGGUGGAGAAGAUCAAAUACUUGUACAAAAGCGUCGACGACGUGGACUUGUUUGUCGGUGUACUUGGGGAAUGGUCUAUUAAGGGAGGAAUAGUCGGCCCAGUAACUUCGUGCAUCAUGGCUGAUCAAUUUGCUAGGCUAAAGGACGGUGAUCGGUUCUUCUACGAGAAUGGAAAACAACCUCAUUCGUUUACUCCAGGCCAACUGGAUUCUAUUCGGUCUAUGAGUUUGGCCAGGGUACUGUGCGACACAUCCGACACCGUGGACUGGAUGACCCACAACGUGUUUUGGACUCCAUCCCCAAUGAAUCCAUGGCUGCCUUGUUAUGGAAAGGAUAUCCCUCACCUGGAUCUGAACUUAUGGAAAUCUUCCUACUAAACACGUAUUUGCUUUAUUUUGAUUCUAUUAAAGAAAUUUUGUUUUUAACUGCCCACAUUCAAUUGAAUGUUUGUUAUACCUACUGGUAGUGGUGGUCACAACUGUUGUAUUACUGAAAAUUGUGUCUUAAUUUAUUAAAUUAUUGGGGUAUUGUUUA